UGCCGCCCUCACUUGUCCCCUAAAACACUAACAGAUAAAAUGGCGUCCGAAAACAGCUCUGAAACAUCCCAGGAUGAGAAAGCAGCUCUUAUAGAGACGAGCUCGGAACAAGAUGCACAUCCGCCAUGUGGUCCAGUUGCAAAGCAGAGCGAGUCAAAGUUAACGCUUUAUCACUGGACGCAGUCUUUCAAUUCGCAGAAGGUGCGUCUGGCCAUAGCAGAGAAAGGUUUGCACUGUGAGGAGUAUGAUGUGAGCCUACCGCUCAGUGAACAUAACGAGCCCUGGUUCAUGCAUCUGAAUCCCACUGGUGAGGUGCCAGUCCUAGUCCACAAUGAGAACGUCAUCUGUGACCCAACACAGAUCAUGGACUACCUGGAGCAGAAUUUCAAUGAUGAGGGCACUCCCACACUCAUCCCUGAAGAGGGCAGCACAUACUACCACAGAGUGCAGCACUACAGAGAGCUGCUGGACUCACUACAGAUGGAUGCCUACACCCAUGGCUGCAUCCUGCACCCUGAGAUCACCGUGGACUCCCACAUACCUGCAUAUGCUGCCACGUGCAUACGAACACAGAUUGGAAACACACAAACUGAGCUGAAGAAACUGGCAGAGCAGAACCCAGAGCUCAAAGAUGCUUAUUUAGCAAAACAGAGGCGCUUGAAAUCCAAGUUGUUCGACCACGACAACAUGAAGUAUCUGAAGAAGCUUCUGGAUGAACUGGAGAGUGUGAUGGACCAAGUCGAGACAGAGCUGCAGAGAAGGGUGGAAGAAACACCAGAAGAAGGCAGUCAGUCCUGGCUGUGUGGUGAGUUCUUCAGCAUGGCCGACGUCUCUCUGGCGGUCACCUUACACCGCCUCAAGUUCCUUGGCCUCUCCCGUCGCUACUGGGGCAACGGUAACCGUGUGAACCUGGAAACAUACUACGAGCGUGUGGUGGAGCGCACAGCCUUUAGGAGAGUGCUGGGCCAUGUCAACAACAUCCUGAUCUCCGCUGUCCUUCCUGUGGCGUUUCGCUUGGCCAGGAAAAAUGCACCGGUCAUUCUUGGCACUACCGUGUUGAUAGGGGUUUUAGGAGGAGCUACAUACCUUGCUUUUCUUUAUAUGAAGAAGAGGCUGACUCUCUUCAGCUGAGUGAGACCAUAAGUGUUUGAGCUGCUUUUUUGGGAAUCAACUGGGGACCGGGAAAAUAUCAGAAAUGUCAGCAACAUCAUCAUUUAAACUGUGUAAAGUUAAAGUACAUAGAAUAAUCCAGUCAUUCAGCAGGCAUCGGUAAUGUUAGAUUGAAACAAACUCUAAUUAUUCUGAUUUCUCUGUUGCUGGUUGCGCUAAAAGCACUUUUAGUCAUCCCCAGUAUGUGACUGCUGCAUUACAUGCCAAAGGAUUGACUUAGAGGAUUGUGCUGGUAAUUUCUUUUACAUGCUUUUACCAUUUCUUAUAAAUCACACAUACCACAUCUUAUAUGGUUUUGAAGCUCUGCAGACUAAGAGUCAGCUUCCAAACAGCAAUGUAUUCAAAACGUAUGUUAUUGUAGCAUGUUAAACUUGUCCAAACAGACACAUGUCCAAAAAUUUGGACUUUUGACUGUGUGCCAUGCAAUUGUAGCAGAACUUUGACACAAACUACAAAGUGCAAGUAGACUUUCUCACUUUAGUGAAAGUGACUGGAGGUACUUGAUGCCUGGUAGACGAUUACAAAUUCAUAAAUUAAAAAAUGGAAUUAAUAUUGAAGUUGCCAGUACCAGUCUGUGGCAGAUUUGAUUUAACUUGACUUAACUUAAUGGGCUAAAAUGUGCAGAAACACCAGUAUGGUCAGACAUCUGUAUGUGUGUGCGUAAGAUGUUUUGGCUCACAUGUGCUUCAUCUCUUAUUUCACUGAUGUUCAUAUGUGCAUGUUAGAAAUAUUAAAAGGUUUACUAGAUGCCUGCAGCCUGCUUUCUGUGUCCAAGUCUGCCAGCAUUUCACAAACUGAUCUGCUCAGCAGUUAACACAGUGUGUGUGAAAAUCCGCCUGCAUUUGAGGCUCUGUAGAAGCUCUUUGUUAUCACAUCUGCACCCAUGUUUUACUGUGUGACUGAUGGAUAAUUAUUUGAAUUAUUCUCUAUGUAACCAUAGUCGAGUGAAUGCUUUUCCAAUCUCAUUUACAUCUUCAGACCAUCAUAAGCAACAUCUGUCUGAAAUUAAAACUGCUCCCUAACAAUCUGCAGUGUUUUUUGUUCAUAAUUGAG